UAGUUCCCUGUGCCUCUCCCCAGCUGCUAUAAGACACCUCUCCCCGCCCCCAGCCCGCUUGGCUGAAGGCUCCAGAAGGACAGCUGGGCAGAAGGGGAGACGUGGAGACUGAACACCAGGAUGUGUUUUAUCUGGUUUGUGUCCUCAGCAUGUAGCAGUUUCUGACACACAACUGCGCCAUGGGGCUCAGCGACGGGGAAUGGCAGUUGGUGCUGAAUGCCUGGGGGAAGGUGGAGGCUGAUGUCGCAGGCCAUGGGCAGGAGGUCCUCAUCAGGCUCUUCACAGGUCAUCCCGAGACACUGGAGAAAUUUGACAAGUUCAAGCACCUGAAGACAGAGGCUGAGAUGAAGGCCUCCGAGGACCUGAAGAAGCAUGGUAACACCGUGCUCACGGCCCUGGGGGGCAUCCUGAAGAAGAAGGGUCACCACGAGGCGGAGGUGAAGCACCUGGCCGAGUCACACGCCAACAAGCACAAGAUCCCGGUCAAGUACCUGGAGUUCAUCUCAGAUGCCAUCAUCCAUGUUCUACAUGCCAAGCAUCCUUCAGACUUCGGUGCUGAUGCCCAGGGCGCCAUGAGCAAGGCCCUGGAACUGUUCCGGAACGACAUGGCCGCCCAGUACAAGGUGCUGGGCUUCCAAGGCUAAGCCCCACCCCCGUGCCCCUCACCCCACCCACCUAGUUGGCGGGGGCGGGGACUGAAUCCCAAGUAGUUAUAGGGUUUGCUUCUGAGUGUGUGCUUCAUUUAGGAGAGGUGGGUGGAAGAGGUGGAUGGGUUGGGGCGGGGGGAGCCUUGGGAGGGGCCUGGGGACCAGGCUUUCAGUGGAGGGUCAUCAACUUGGGAACCCAGGAGAAGCUUGACUGUGGCUGGCUGAGUUUGGAUAACUCAACUUUCACCUUAAUGCCAACCCAAUUCCUACCAACCUCUAAACUGACCCACACCUUUACACUCACCUUAAAUCCCCAAUCCAAGCUGUCAACCUAAACUCCAGCCUAAUUCUCUGACCCCAUCACCUAGCCCCUUGAAGACAGCUGAGUGUCGGCUUGCCCUGAGAAGGAGGUGUGGGCCGGGUAGGACAGCUACACCCAGCCCUAGGGAGGCGUGAAGGCUUGGUGUCUGCAACAUAAGUGUUCCUUCUCAGGUUGGGGAGUGACACCUGGUUUAAUAAAAGAUUUCUCACGUCACA